AUGUUUGCUGUGUGUCCACGCCUGACUGAUGAGCCAGACUUUGGUUUCCUGCGGCUGGCCGACGAUCUGUCCAGGCCGUUGUCGUUGUUUCGUCCAGGGGCUCUGAGGUUGUUGGACGAUGCAAAUUUGUCCGGGCUGAGGGACGUUGAGGUGAUUGAUGGAGAUCAAGAGUAUCAAGUUCGAGUGAAAGUGGGUGACAAGUUCAAACCUGAAGACAUCCGUAUCACAACUGACAACAAAAGGAUCAUUGUGAAUGCCAAACAUGAGGAGAAACCAGAGAAAAACUGCACUGUAUCUCGGGAGUGGACGCGUAUCUUCACACCUCCAGAGGGUGUCGAUCUGAAAAGUGCCACAUCCACAAUGACCAGGGACGGUGUGCUGAAACUCAAGUUACAAAAGGUACCUGAACAGAAGGAGAGACCCAUCCCCGUGGAGUUUGAGAGCUAA